CAGCUUGUUGCCGUUUGUCUCACAGAAUCAAAGUUGCGGUGGAGUGAUACGGACUAAAUCCUCUUGGGUUUACAGUGAACAGAGACCAUUUACUUUUGUCUAUACACCGGUCAUAUCAUCGAAGGACAUAUCUUGUGGCAGGUCUUAGCAGAUUUCUGCCGAAUGGAUGAUGAGGAGGAUGAUGUGUUUGUGCCAGACUCCUCCCACUGCUGGCGCACAGCCUUCAGGGAAAUAAAGUACGAGGACAGAGGCACCCAGACACCCAGCCCUGCCCUGGCACUGCCCAACGACAUGCUGCCCUGUGGGGUGGCCCAGGAGCCCAGACCACUCUUCUACGGCAACGCAGGCUUUCGAUUGCACUUUCCAGCGCGGUUUGAGCAGGUUGGAGACCAGGGGCCUCAGGAGCAGCAUCAGGUGGAGAGAGGGAGGAUGGAACGGCUUCAACAGCAGCCUCAGCAGCCAGCACAAAGCAUGGAGGUCUGCAUUGGACAGAAACUCCAACUCAUCGGAGACCAGUUCUACCAAGAACACCUUCAACUGUAUCACCGAAACCAAAGGAACAUGAGGCCCUUGUGGUGGCGCCUGGCCUCAGCUCUGCUCACCCUGCUGUUUGAGCAGGAGGCCAUCGCUGGAAGGGGGAGAGCAGAGUGGAGGUGAUGGAGAAGACCAGCCCAGACCACCCCUCUCCCACAGGGACUGGACUCCUAAUGGCACUGUCAAAUGUAACAUGGGUCAGUUUGGGGAAAAGAAGAGAGAAAAGGUCACCGCAGGACGGAGACAACCAUUUUUUUUUUACAAGGUUCAUUUUUUUUCCAAGAAGAUGCCAUGUUGUUUCACGAGAUUCCUCUACUGGACGAUGUCCUUAUUUUGGUAAUUGUGUGAUGUAGUAUUUUGUACAGUCAUUAUUCCUGUUGAAUUUGUUUGCACUUGUGUAUGUGUACAUCUUGAAUGGCCUCCAUGGACCUGGGAAUGCCUUAUCAAUGUCUCCUGCCACAACCCAACGACUGUUGACAUGAACCAAGCAGAAGAAAGCAAGAUAUGGAGGGAUCUGAAGAAGGGAAAGAAGAGUGGUUCGUGGGGUUUUCUUUUCUGAAGUUUCCCAGGAAAUAAUCGGUCAGACUUGACAACAAAUUUCCAAAGGCACAGUUUCUCAGAACAAAAGCAUUUUGCACCUCAACUCGUCCUUCUCCUCAAUGGGGUUGUGUGUAUACUGUCAUAAUACUGUUAUAUUACAUUUGAUUUUUCUUUGCUCUUCCAGUCACUUUCAUUGCAUGGAUUUCAAUAGUUUUUCCCAGUGUCACCAAAAGUAAUAAGAACAAAAGUGUGGAGCCCUCGGUGGCUUCUAAGGUGGCUUGUGCCACUUUGUGUUGUGAAGGUUGAUUUAGAUUUAUUAUGAUCCCCAUUAGCCGACGCCAAUGGUGACAACUAGUUUUACUGGGGUCCAACAUAUAACGGAAAAGACAUUACAGACAAAAUACUUUUACAAUUUAGAUACAACUUCCGAGACAAAGGGGAGUUACUUCAAGUUACUAAGAGAGAACACCGUAUUUCCAAUUGUCCCAAAACUGGACCUCAGCCACUGUAAGAAACAGUGUGCUGAUCAUUUUAGUCUCUUAAGACUUUCAGGCCCUUCAAGUGGAGCUAUGGAUCCACAUUGUUUGCACUAUAGUACAUUAGUCAGGAGUAGAUUAGGUAACAAAACCAACCUCUAUUAUUCAAUGAAGGUGUUUAACUGUAUCUGAUUUGUCAUGGUAACAUUACAAUGUUUUCAGUCACAUUUCCAUUCAUUUUCAUUCACAUAUCAUCACAGGAACUGACCUAUGGACCAACAGUCUGAGGUACGAGUGAUGCUGGUUAACUGAAGGCCUCAUUGAAAUUCCAGUGUUUUUUAGCCCUCUAGCUGAUGUGCUUUUUAACCCACUGUCAGAUAUUCAAUUGUAUUCUGGACACCAAUGCAAUAAUGUGCAAACAAACCAGUGAAACAACAUCCUUUCCUCUCCUCUCCUCUCAGGAUUCUUACAUGGGCUUGUAUACUUCUUUUUGUUCCUGUGGGGUGAUCUUGUAUUAGUUCUUUGUCCUCGGAGCCUGUGGUGUAACUGUUUGAUAGAAAUGACCACUGCUAAUCCAAUUGACAAGAGAAAGUGUCUGAGAUUAGAUAGAAGUAACUGGUAGUGUGGAAGACUGUAUUUGCUGUUGAAAUUUGAAUCUGUUUGAUGUAUUCUUGAAGAUGCUGUUUGUUGUACAUUUUAUUGCCUUUUGAUUUUACUUUCGUCCAUUUUGAAGGAGCAGUAUACAUCUUUUAGACACAACUCUUAUUACACGGUUAUGUUUGGUCCUACAGUACUUAUGUGUCAUCAUCUGUCUGUAUAAUCAGAGCUUUUUUUUUCAACCCUUCAUU